CUCUGCGCAAGAGCCAGCUCCCAAGGUGUGACCGCAGGACACAAGGUGCUGUAUCAUGCCCAGAUAGGACCCUGCCAGUGCGAGAACCAUCCCAAGACCCCACUGCAAGGGGCUGAGCUCGGGUGGUCCCUCUGCCUUCUACAGCAUCCGGAACAGCAGCAGAGGAGAGCCGGGAUAACCCCAUACACUGCACCAGCUCACAACCCACAGCGCUCAUAGGGAUGGAUUCCAAAGGCAACGUCCGGAGUGGGAACAAACCCGACCCCAAGGCCCCCAGCUCUGGGAAGCAGGAAAAGCCCAACCCCACUGCCACCAAUGCAGACAAGAAGGAUGCCCCCAAAGAGCAACCGGCUCCGGCCACCAAGAAGGCAACAGGCGACGCUGCCGUCACCAACAACCACAGCAGCCUGAAACCCAGCGAGGCACCGGAGCCCACGGGCCCAUCCCCUGACUCUGAGCACAAGGGAAAGGGCUCUGAGGAGUCACCAGGCAGCAUCUUUGACAACGUGAAGCCCUUGCUCAUCGUUGGAGGGGUGGCAGUGGCUGCGCUGGCUGUGGUGGUGGGAAUGGCUUUCCUAGCCAGGAAAAAAUGAUGGAGAUGGGAUGGGGAUGAGGAACCGGCCCCGUUGUACAGCUCCUGUUGAGACCAAUGCAUGCCGAGGAAGUCUAUACAUAUCUCUCUAUAUACAUAUCUAUACAGUGAGCUAGAUAGGUCAACAACAAGCACCGACUGCAACUCCGAGUCUUGGUGAAGAUGACUGUGUGGUUUGAGCCGGUGCGGGGUAACUCCAUGCACUCAGUGUGUUCUCUCAUGUACUAUAUCUUGGCUUCUACCACUGUGUAUAGGUUACAGCUUCUCCUGAUGGGUGUAAAUGACGGUGUCCCCUCCCCUCCCUCCCUGGGAGACACCCUCACCUCUCUUGCAGUCCCCUGUUUUCGAGUCCAAAGUGUCCUAUGUCCCAUCCAGAGUCCCUGCUUUGUCUUUUGGUUCCUGUUUGGAUUGGUUUGAAGUUGGGUCGUGGUGAAGAUGGUGUAAGGGGGAGAUGGAGCCUUGUGCUAAGACCUGCUUUGCCUGUCGCUGUGUGUUGGGCUGGUGUUUAUCCACCAACCCCAGGGCAGGGGAAGCACUGGCUCCAUGGUCCAUGGCUCCAUGACCAAACAGCAUCUCUAAUAGAGGUCUCAUGUAUCUGCUGCUCAUCAACCCACCUUGACAAACCCAACUGGAAAGUGCCCCAUAGGAAACAGGCUGUGACUGAGGAUGCAACGUGGGAUGUCACAUCAAGCCACUUCCCUGCUGAGCUGCCAGUGGGGUCUGAGCAGAGGGGCUGUACAGUGCACACAGAUACCUGGUGAUGCCCCAUGCUGAGCUCAGGCAGGCAGGAGCUGCCAUCUGCUUGGCUCAUUGCAUGCUCCAGGCAGCCUUCAGGCUGCCAGGGCUCAGCAGGGUCAUACAGCAGUGUUUGGGAACAGAGAGGCUUUGUUUUGGAUCUAGUAUUUCCGAGGUUAGGCUGGGCUUUGCAGGAUGCUGUGGCCUGAGCUCCUGCAAGGUCAGCUGGGCUCUUCCUGGUCAUUUCUUUGGGCUUGGGAUCAGGCUUUUCCCCUGAUGUUUUCCCUGCUAAAGGCUCUGGUCUCUUGGUACAUGAGAAGGGAGAAAAGGAGCCAGGAGCUGGUUUUAGGGGCAGAGAGGACUACACUGAUCUGCUUUAAACCCUAUCCAAGGGCUCUAGAUGCCCAUCUGCCCUGGGGGGAUUUCUUCCCUCCCUCCUCUGACAGUAACAGGGAUUUGUGACUGCUCCACACAUUGGGAAUGGAGACAAUUCCCAUCCCUUGGGAACAGCCUGGUUUCAUUGGUGAGUACCUUGGCUCUAAAGCCAGACCUUGUAAAGGGGAGAGGGAAGGCAGGCAAUGAGAGAGGGUGUUCAGUGCAUUGGCUGAUGCCAUUAACACCAUGAGGUGAACAGACCUGGGUCUGAAAGCUUCCAUUAAGACUAUUUUUGGCUGCUGUGCUACUGCAUAAUAGAGCCUCAUGGGUUUAAAUUAGGCCAGAGCUUAGGAGAGGUCAGAAGUGGGGGGUCCCCAGAGCUCAGCAGCAGUGGGAGCUGAUGGGCAGGGGUUGGAGUGAUGGUUGGCAAGAGGUGAUGGAUGGGUUCAGGUGAACCUGGGUUGUCCAUGUGUCCCUGAGCCUGGAUGGGGGGAUGCAGGUGAUGCAGAGGAAGGUUUGUGUUCCCCAGGUACUGCCCCUGGGGUCAGUGCUGCUGGGGGGGGUGUAUAACCUGAUCUGGCAAUUCCCUUUGCCUCAUGUCUGUCUUAUUUACCUCCAGGAAGCUCAAUGCACACGGCUUCCCCAAGCCCAAGGUAUUUUAAUGCAGCCUGGCCACCCCUAUGCUGAGCUUUGCCAUCCUCUUUUCCCUAAAACAUUCCCAAAGGUGACUGUGGGACUAUCGGAUGCUGCCUUCUGAUGAGCCCCAGGCUGUGUGCUGCUGGAGUUUAAUGCCUUCCUCUAUCAGAACAGAGCCAAGGGGUGGGCAUGUUGGGUUUGGAACCAGUGCUACAGCCCCUGGGGAUACCCUGGUAGCUUGAAGCACUGUGUGCCUGUAUUGUGGAUGCACUACAUCACUUACAGCAUGGAGGGUCUAUGUGGUUUGCAGCAGAAGGCUCCAUUGUGGGUGUUUCUGCAGGGGUUUGGAUGGAUGGGGGGUCCUGGGGGUCUCUGAUCUCUGCAGCACAAAGCUCUUGGCAAUGGGGAAUCAUUGCUUAUGUUGCCCAUGAGGAAGGGAAGGUUGGAAGGAUGCUUUGAUUCGUGUUUGGCCAAAGGAGGGUGGUGAUUCCAGACAGUGACCUCUGGUUUCAAGGGGAGGCCUGACCCCAAGAGAUGCUUCUGCCUUGGCCUGUCUGUUCCCCCCCCUCAGGCCCAGCAUAUGAUCAUCUCUUUAGCAGUGUGUGACACUAUCUAUUACAGACAGAACAUCUGUCCAUGAGCAGCAGAGAUAGAUGAAGGGAGAGGAAAAGGAAACUCCUAUUUGACUUUCUGAAGUCCCCUAUUAAAUUAAAGGGUUCUUUAUUUCCUUGACUUAACCUUUGGCAACAGAAGAGAGGAAACCCAGUUCUCAGCCACCAUGGGCCUUAACCGUUCCUGUCCACCUCCAACAUCCCCCUGCCCCUUUUUGCCCUCAGAUGCCAGGGAUUUCACCCAGAAACACACCACAGAGAUGGUGAUGGGGCUGCAGCUCAUCUCUGGGGUAUGUAAGCACAUGGGAGGCAUCCCUAAGCACUUAUGGGGUACAUCUUGUUCAUAAGGGGGUUUUCACCUACUGUGAUGGCUUAGCAGUGCUCAGAUGUGGUACCUGGGACUCACCUCUUUGGCAGUUUGGUGUGGAACAUACCCAUGGUUGUGUAUGUACACACCACCCUGCCUUGAAGCGUAUUCUGUGUCUAUGUAUGUGUGUAUGACUGCAGUCUGGGAGAGGGGGGAACAGCCAACCUGGAGAUGCCCCUUCAUUUGUUGCCCUGCAUUCCCACCAAGUGUCUGUGUUGUGCCAUUCACAUCAUGCCAUGUAGCACCCGCACUCCUUUCCACUCCUGGUUUCUUCUCAGUGCACAGGAUGUAUGGCUAGUGAAGUGCUGAAUGUAUGGCUAGUGAAGUACUGAAUGUAUGGCUAGUGAAGUACUGAAUGUAUGGCUAGUGAAGCGCUGAAUGUGUGGCUAGUGAAGCGCUGAAUGUGUGGCUAGUGAAGUGCUGAAUGUGUGGCUAGUGAAGUGCUGAAUGUAUGGCUAGUGAAGUACUGAAUGUAUGGCUAGUGAAGUACUGAAUGUAUGGCUAGUGAAGUGCUGAAUGUAUGGCUAGUGAAGUACUGAAUGUAUGGCUAGUGAAGUACUGAAUGUAUGGCUAGUGAACAGCUGAAUGUAUGGCUAGUGAAGUGCUGAAUGUAUGGCUAGUGAAGUACUGAAUGUAUGGCUAGUGAAGUGCUGAAUGUAUGGCUAGUGAACAGCUGAAUGUAUGGCUAGUGAAGUACUGAAUGUAUGGCUAGUGAAGUGCUGAAUGUAUGGCUAGUGAAGUACUGAAUGUAUGGCUAGUGAAGUACUGAAUGUAUGGCUAGUGAAGUACUGAAUGUAUGGCUAGUGAAGUGCUGAAUGUAUGGCUAGUGAAGUACUGAAUGUAUGGCUAGUGAAGUGCUGAAUGUAUGGCUAGUGAAGUGCUGAAUGUAUGGCUAGUGAAGUACUGAAUGUAUGGCUAGUGAAGUACUGAACGUAUGGUGUGCCCGUCGUGCUAGAAGCUCAACGUUCCUGUUCCCCCUCCCUGGGUAGUCGUGUGGGCUACUUGCUUUAAAACAAGGCACCUCUAGACUAUACCAGCCUGUGUUGUAGUGCUCUCUGAAGUGUGGGUCUAGUGUGUAUCUGAGUCAGGUAGCUCGAGUGUCGAUGCCAUACAAGCCCCAUAGAGGCAGCAGGGGCAAUGCACUCCAGUCCUGACUUGCAAACAACACCCUCUUAGCAAACACCUCCUGUUCUGCCUUAAUGUGCCAGGCUGUGCAGUGAGAUACAACCAGCGAGGAGUAGGCUGAGAAGAGCACAUUGGCCCCUCUCAGAGCUGAACCUAUGGAAGCAGAGGCUCCGAUGCCUGAACUCGCUGUGCUAAAUAAAUAGUUGUCUUUCCUCGUACUGAGCA